CUUUGAUCUCUCUCAAUAAAGAGGUUAAAAAAAAGGUGUCCCAAAACAACAUAGAAAGAAACUCUCUCUCUCUCUCUCUCUCUUUUUAAGCACCUUUUUAUUCAUUGAAAAUAAUAGUGCUAGCUAGCUAGUAGUGUAAAUUCACUUUAACUAGCUAAGUAUAUCUACACAAGCCAAAAAAAAAAGAAGAAGAAUGGGAAACAGUUUAGGAGGAAAGAACAAAAAGGCAGCAAAAGUGAUGAAAAUCAAUGGGGAGACAAUCAAGUUGAAGACACCAAUCUACGCAGGAGAAGUGACGAAAGAUCAUCCGGGGCAUGUGUUGCUAGAAUCGGAGGCGGUGAAGCAUUUCGGGAUCCGGGCAAAACCAUUGGAACCACAACAAGAGCUGAAACCUAAGAGGCUCUAUUUCUUAGUAGAGUUGCCUAAAAUCCCCGAAGAUGAUGAUCAUCAUCAAUCCAAGUUGUCAGGUCCUCGAAGGGUGCGAUCAGGGAUCCAGAUGAGCGCGAAAGAUCGCCUCGAAAGCCUAAUGCUUGCGAGGAGAUCAGCCUCAGAUCUUACCCUCUUGAAACCCUCGUAUCCAUCUGCCAGCAUUGUUCUUGAUGAUGACGAUCUUGACCAUCAUCAUCAACGCAAUAAUAUCAAUAAUCUUAAUAAAGCAAAUUCAUCAUCAACAACAACGAAAAGUGGAGGAAGAGUAAGGGUCACAAUGAGGCUUCCAAAGUCGCAAGUGGAGAAAAUGAUGAUGGAGAGCAAAGAUGAGGCCGAGGCCGCCGCGAAAAUCGUUGAUUUUUGCUUGGCAAAUAACAGCAGCAAAGACACGGUGGCGGCGGCUGCCGGCGGAGUUGCUGGUGGUGGCAAUUACAAGAAAUUGUAUAAUACUACUAAAUCGCGUGAGAAACGUGUGGGAUUCAUGCCAUUCACUGAAGGGGAAAUUCAGAUUGCAGUUUCUUAG